AUGGGAUCUCAAUGUGGUAGUGAUAGCAAUGAUGUGAUCCAAAUCCAAACCCAAGCCCAAACCCAAACCCAAGCCCACGACCCGUUAUCCAACCCGCUAGCCCGACAAGGAUCCUUAUACGGGCUUACUUUCGAUGAGGUGCAAAACCAGCUAGGUGAUCUUGGUAAGCCUCUUGCCACAAUGAACCUUGACGAGCUUCUGAAAACCGUGUGGACAGUUGAGGCCAGUAACCAAGUAAUUGGGCCCGGCCCAAACCCAAGCCCAAACCCGGGCCCGGACCCGGACCCGAAUCUCACUCUUCCAAUCGAUCUGAGCAAGAAAACGGUGGAUGAGGUGUGGCAGGACAUCCAGGAGCAGCAGCAGGGGCAAGAGAGUAAUUUGCUCGACCGGAAGGCGACACUUGGCGAGAUGACAUUGGAGGAUUUUCUUGUGAAAGCUGGCGUGGUGUCUCAGUCGAGAAGGAAUCCGAGCCUGAUGACUCAGCAGCAGCAGGCUCAAUGGAUGAUGAACUAUCAGGCGGCGGUUUUUGUGCCGGGACAUAAUCAUAUUGUGGACGGUCAAAGCUACUCGGAAAGUCAAAUGAUGAUGUCAUCAUCAUCGCCUUUGAUGGGGGGUGCUUUGUCUGAUACUCAGACACCUGGCAGGAAACGAGUGGCUCCGGAUGAUAUUGCUGAGAAGAGUGUCGAGAGGAGGAAGAAGAGGAUGAUUAAGAAUCGAGAAUCUGCCGCUAGAUCGAGAGCCAGGAAGCAGGCUUACACGCAUGAGCUGGAAAACAAGGUUACGCGUCUGGAGGAGGAGAAUGAGAGGCUCAAGAAACAAAAGGAAUUGGAGAAAAUGUUGCCUAGUAUACCACAACCCGAGCCAAAGUGGGUAAAGAGCAAAGGGGAAAGUCUCGCAGCAUUUCUCACUUCUCAUUUGCUAACACUAAUAAAACCUUCUCCAGCGGCCAUGGCUUCCGAGAAAGAGGCUGCUCUCGCGGCCGCUCCUUCUGAUUCUCCGACCAUAUUUGACAAGAUUAUCAACAAGCAAAUACCGGCUAACAUCGUGUUCGAGGAUGACAAGGUUCUAGCUUUCAGGGACAUAGCUCCACAGGCACCUACACACAUAGUGCUUAUUCCUAAAGUAAAAGACGGUUUAACUGGGAUUUCAAAGGCUGAAGAAAAGCACUGUGAAAUUCUUGGCCAUCUACUUUACACGGCAAAGCUAGUUGCGAAACAAGAAGGGCUCGAUGAUGGCUUCAGGCUUGUGAUUAAUGACGGGCCUAAUGGAUGCCAAUCUGUGUACCAUCUGCAUGUUCAUCUGCUCGGGGGACGUCAAAUGAACUGGCCGCCUGGCUAAAAGCUCGACACAAACAAUAGAUAUUAUGAUGUUGAGUGCACUUUCAGAAGCUUGUAAACUCGAAUAAUCAUAUUUAGGUGUCUUGUUCGUGACUUUUUCAAGUUGGUGAAUUUUGGAUGAUUUUAAGUACUUUACCGUGUGGUUAUGGCGAAUUACAGUUAAUCUUCCAUCAAGUGGGUUUCAAAUUAUGUGGAUUUUACAA